AUGGCUCUGCGUGUGGUGACCCUGAGCGCCGUGCUGGCCGCCGCCGGCGCUGUCUGCCCCUCCCCGGAGUGGCUGCUGUACCGCGGCCAGUGCUACUGGGCCUCGCCGUUCCCUCUCGAGUGGCGCUCCGUGGCCAGUGUGUGCGAGCUGCAGGCGCCCGGCUCGCGGCACGUCUCCGUGCACGACCUGCAGGUGGCGGCCUUUGUGGCCGAGCAGGUGCUGAACGGCACCGGCGGCUGGCUGGGACUGCGCCGGCCCAAUGAGAGCGCCGGCUGGCAGUGGUCAGACGGGACGCCGUACGACUGGCACGACUGGGCGGCCGGCCAGCCGCGCGGGGACGGAGAGCGCUGCGCCUACCUGCAGCGCGGCGGGACGGACGGCUGGAGGGACGGCGACUGCAUCGUCAGCUACCUGCGCUUCGUCUGCCAGACGGAGGACCAGCUCGUCACCACGACAGAGCCGCCGGAAACAACUCAGCCGUAUUACACGACGGCGCAAGCCGCCAAGGAUAGCGUGACUGUGAGCUAG